GCGGUGGGACACGCACUUCCGCCCGCUUCCUUUGGGUACCUCAGCAUUUCCGCUUUCACACAAGUGAAGAAAAACCUAAUUUCAAGAAAGGUUUUAAUAUUUAGCGUCGUACAACAGCUUUUUCUCCCAAAGGGCAUGUCUACUAAUACUCACCAUGCAGAGCGGAACAGGAGUUUACUACCAGGCAAUGCCUGCAGUGGGACCUGAUGGGAAAAACGUAAUGAAGUUGAUUCCGGUUAAGAAAGUGAAUGGCCACUUUGUUCACACACAAGUUCUUUCUUCAAAAAAUGUCUGUCUACCUGCUCAAACAUCUAUGCCUUCACCCCAGAACAAAAUCCCAACGCUUCAGCCAACGGCAGAUGGACGUUUCAUCUUAAAAACCCCGUUAGAAGUGAAUACUGUGUUUAAUUCAGUGAAAAGUCAGCACCGAGGUCCUAAUGCCUUAUUACAAUCCUCUGCCAACCAAGUACAUGUCCCACUAAUCACCCAUAACGCGGCACAAAACGCAUUGCAAUCACCUGUUCAACCGAGUAACAAGGCUAUAAUUGUUGCCAACCGUACACUGCUGCAACACACUGCGAAACCACCUGUAGUUCCAAGUGGACAUUACCUUCAGAUCCCAUCUGAUGCCACGGUUAAAACCCUUCCUGCUUCUGCACUCCCAUCAGCUAUCAAAAACAGAAUAUGUCACUCCACAAAAGACUCUAACCUUGCGAAGGGAAUGCCAAUGGUUCUGUACGUGUCUCCAGUCGGCUCUCUGAAAUUAGUCCAACAGGCGCCAUGUCUCUCAGACUCCCGUGAGCUUCCCCAGACUUUGAGUCACACGUCUACUGCGAGUGUUGCGAAAAGCCCUGAGGAGUCAUCUAGGAACAGUCAAGGGGGCACCACUCCAAUGAAGUGGGUGGUUGAAGAGCAGGCAGGAAGCAGUGCCCCAUACCUCAUACCUGUGACCUCACCCAACAUGUCCUCAGACAUCUUAAAAGCAGUCAAGCAUAUGGAAUCAUCGCGGCUUCCAAACCAAGUUACAAAAGAACCUGUCUCUACUGACAUCAGCAAAGAAAUAGUUACUCCAGGGCAGGACAAUGCCCUUGUGGUGUGCAACGGGAAAGUGUACUUUGUGGCUAAAAGAAAUUCAGAAGUAACCAAGGAUAUGAUCACUAAUUCAGAAAGCACUGUGCUCCGCGGAAAAUCCGCCCUGUCUCCGGCUACUGUAUUAGGCACAACUACUUCAAACGUGAGUCAAAAGCAAGACCCAAAAAGCCCGGUAGACAAUAAAAAGCCAAGUGAUAUCAUUGAUUUGUGUGACGACGAUGAAGAGAGCUCAACUUGCGCCUCAUCUGAGAGGACAAUUACACCAAGUGAUACAGUAAGUGAGCAUGAUGAAGACUCUAAUGUGAUAUUUGUGUCAUACAUUCCACCAAAGUCACCGGAGACCGAGGCCAGCAAGGAAGUCCCAGAGAUGACCUCUUUGACCAGUUGUGCGAAAGAUAGUGACGACACAAAAUUAGACACAGAAAGCACGGAGACAGGCGGCAUGCUGAACAGUACCUGUAGCGUUGAAUUGGAUGCGAGUAAAUGCGAAGCCGUGCAUGUGAACGGACCUGCUCUUGAAGGAAACGAAGUGCUGUCAGAAAAACUAGAAGUAGUUUGUGGUCAACAAACGGAUGUUACUGAAAAGUCUUUUGAGGAAAUGGCUCCACACCAAAUUCCUCAGCCUAAGAGUGAUUCUGAACUCAGACACACUUUUGGGAUUACCUAUGAUUUGAGUGUUUACUUACAAAAGAUAGAUGUGUCCGAGUCACAAGCACAGGAAGGUCCUCCACAGAACGAGAAAAGGUUAACCAACAAACGCACCCUAGAUGGCCUCCGCAAACUGAUUCGCGACUCAAAGAUCGAGACAAAAAUCAAACAAAUGAUCGAGACACAGGUGCCCCAACCUGUGAAAACUGGCAAAAGAAAACGGUUGGAGAGGAGCGGAGAGAAAAAUUGCUCGGACACCUUUUCAUUAAUUGACGCAGAUUCUUCAGCUUUAUCUAAUGGUUUAGUAGAAUGUGGCAAUGAGAAUCAAAGUGCAUCAGCUGAACUGAGUACAGACAGGCAGGUCUUUCAGACCGGUCAAGAUGCAGAGGAAGAACCCCCACCCACCAGUGGUGCUCAUAAAGUAUCAGAAGUAACUAUCGAUCUCCUCUGUUCCUCCUCCUUGCAUGAGCCUGUACAAACUCAUAUUACCAAAUGUCAAAGUGACAGUCCAACUUGUUGUUCAGGCUUACGGAAAACCCCGCCUCGUUUGACCAAGGGGUGCGGGAGGGUGUGCACAGCAUGUCCUUGUGGAACUAAGGUAGGGGGAGUGGCUGGGAAUUCACCGUCUAAACCACGAGAGAAGCCAAAUCCGUCUUCUAGCGUCAAUUCAUCUAAAAGUGUUUCAGGUGACUCAAACAGAGACGAGACUACAGUUGACAGCUUGGCAUGUUCGGUUUCAAGCUCAACAAACCGCAACAGUGCAUCAGGAAAGUCGGAAGAUCAAACGACACAUAGCAGCCAAUCGCAUACUAGUAAGGAUGUUAAAUGUACUUUGCCCACUGUUACCUUUUUGACGAAUCAACCUGAAGUUCAAUCAGCAAUGUCAGGAACAUGCAGCAGCAGUUCAAGGUGCACACAAGACAAGACUUGUGAUAAAUCUACAAGCAGCCAGUUAGAAACAGGUACUCAGAAACCAAACAAACUGAACGAGGUGAAAAAGAUAUCAGUUCAACAGUUGUCAUAUACAAGUUACAAAAUACCGAGUGAACUGUACUCCUCUGUACUGCUGGACCCUGAGGAGAUAAAACGACAGGAGAGAAUCCGACGCCUUAAAGACCUUCUGCGGGAGAAGGAGGCUGCACUUGAGAAGCUGAGGAAGAGCAUGUGAGAGUGACAUGAAUUUACUUUCAAUGCCAGUGGAGAAUCUGUCAGUAUAUGUAAAAUGCAAAUCAGUUAAAGGUGGCAUCUGGUUAUGCAUGUACUUUGACAUUAGUCUGUCUCUUGUGUGUGGGUGUAAACAUUCUCUGUAUGUUUGUCAUGUUUGAUACAUUUAAGUUUAGAAAACAGUGUGUGUGUGUGUGUACACACUACACAUGUAAUAUAAUAUUAUAUAUUUUAUAUUAUAUAAAAAUAAAAUGAGUGUUUUUUUAUAAAUAUUAAAAAAAAAAAGUGUAUGUCAGUAAACAAAUGUGAGUUUCCUUAUAAAGAGAAUGAGAGAAGCCAGUACAUGGCUGAAAGCAGCUUGGAUUUGCGUUUCUAAUUUAAUGUUUCAGAAGACUUGUACAGCUUUGUGGUUUAGAUGCUUUUAUAUACACCUUUUCUGAAGGCUUGUAAACACACCCUCACUAAUUCUUUUUGCAUGGAAUAAAUAUUGCAAACAGUCCAUUUUUUGCUUGAUAGCAGCAUAGUUCGUUUCAAAAUGAACAUUAACAAGCUUCAUACAGAGUAGUAAGGUGUUUAAUCCGUUCAGUUUGUUUUGCACAGGUUGAGAGUUGUGGAUGUUUUGGGAGUGUUCUACAGCUUUGUUACACCUUCCUUAAAAUAUCGAUUAAAUUUUCUGUCUUUUGUA